CUGCUUCCCCUUCACCUGUUUUAACACAAUCUCAGAUUCUCAAAUUCUGAGAGGGAUCUCUCACCAUUCGAACUCGCUGUAGUUAAUUAGGAAAAACUAAAGAGCAAAAUGGGUUUCAGAGGAAGAAAGUCAAGAACUCAGAGAAAGCACUUCGUUCAAAGCAGAGAAAAUAACUGGAAAAGCAGCAACGAAAAUGGUGGUUCUGAUGAGCAACAACAAAAUGCUGCUACCACUGAUAAUAAUAGUAGUAACAAUAAUAGAGAAAACAGUAACCCUACUUGGCAACGCUUCGCCACCCAAAACCUUGCCUUUGAUGAAUAUUAUAAGGAGCAAGAGAUUGUGCCACCAGAAGAGUGGAAUACUUUUAUAGACUGUCUUCGAAGCCCGUUGCCUGCUGCUUUCAGGAUCAAUUCAAGUAGCCAGUGCUACUUGGAAAUUCUAUCCAAGUUGGAGAAUGAUUUUAUGAAGUCUCUACAGGAAGAGGGGACAGAUGGGAGUGAGGUUGAGGCAAUUAGGCCAUUGCCCUGGUAUCCAGAGAAUCUUGCCUGGCAGUCAAAUUUUUCUCGCCAGCAGUUGAGGAAAAACCAAAUACUUGGGAGGUUCCAUGAGUUCUUGAAGCUACAAAAUGAAAUUGGUAACAUUACGAGACAGGAGGCUGUGAGCAUGGUUCCUCCUCUGUUCCUGGAUGUACGACCCGAUGAUUUCGUUCUCGACAUGUGUGCAGCUCCUGGUUCAAAAACGUUUCAGUUACUUGAAAUGAUACACCACUCAGCUGAACCUGGAUCAUUACCUGGUGGAAUGGUCUUAGCGAAUGAUGCUGAUGUUCAAAGGUGUAAUCUUCUCAUCCACCAAACAAAGAGAAUGUCCACUGCCAACUUGAUAGUCACGAAUCAUGAAGCACAGCACUUUCCUAGCUGUCAUUUGAAUAGAAGUUAUGCAAAAGGUUCUGAGCCUCCAGAAGCAAAGGAACUUGAUAUUGAUCAACUUCUAUUUGAUCGUGUCUUGUGUGAUGUUCCAUGUAGUGGUGAUGGAACUUUACGCAAGGCUCCUGAUAUAUGGAGGAGAUGGAAUGCAGGAAUGGGUAAUGGUCUACAUGGACUACAGAUUCAGAUAGCAAUGCGAGGUAUGUCUUUGCUAAAAGUUGGUGGAAGGAUGGUUUAUUCAACUUGCUCAAUGAAUCCCAUUGAGAAUGAGGCUGUGGUUGCCGAGAUUUUAAGGAGGUGUGGGGGAUCUGUUGAACUCAUUGAUGUCUCCAGUGAACUUCCUCAGCUUGUUAGAAGGCCAGGUCUGAAAAAAUGGAAGGUUAAAGAUAAAGGAAUGUGGUUGACUUCUUACAAAGAAGUUAGUAAUUCUCGCAGAGCUGCAGUUGUUCCUGGAAUGUUCCCCCCUGGCAAAGCCUUUGUGGAUGCACCUGAGCAUGAUGAUGAUGCGAGUAGAAGUCAAUUGCCUGAUAAUGGGAGUAAUAGUAACUCUCAAAAUGGUAUUGCGGUGGUGCAGGAUCCUGCAACUCAAACUACAAUCUUGAAUGAGGAAGCUUCAACUUUGCCUUUGGAACGUUGUAUGAGGAUAGUGCCACAUGAUCAGAACACUGGAGCCUUCUUUAUUGCUGUCUUUCACAAGCUUUCUCCUUUGCCAGUCAUACAGAAGAGGCCUUUUGAUCAGCCAGGGAAAACUUCCACAGGCAAUUUCCAAGCACAAAGUUUUACUGAGGUCAAAGAUAUAAAUACUGAUGAAGUUGAGCAAGUGGAUUCUGUAGGUAAUCAGCUAUCUGAAGUGACUACGGAUAAUGAUGAUGAUGAUGAUGAUAUACUUGAAAAUGGAAAGGAUGAAGCUCCACUGGAUACUGACCCCAGUAAAAUGGUGAACGAAAAGAGGACGGAGCAGAUUGAACCUCCCAGUGAUGGAAGAUCUGGCCUUGAGUCGGUUAGAGGGGAAAGAAAGUUACAGAUGCAAGGAAAAUGGAGAGGGAUUGACCCAGUAAUAUUUUACCAGGAGGAGGCAGUUGUGGGUCAGAUAAAGGCAUUCUAUGGUAUCAAAGAAUCCUUUCCAUUCAAAGGUCAUUUAAUUGUUAGGAAUAGUGAUAUCAACCAUGUGAAGAGAGUUUAUUAUGUAUCUAAAUCUGUGAAAGAAGUUCUUGAACUCAAUAUUUUAGCGGGUCAGCAGCUCAAGAUAGCUGCCGUUGGGCUCAAGAUGUUUGAGCGGCAAAAAUCGAAAGAUGCUGGUGCAUUCCGCAUAACAUCUGAAGGGUUACCAUUGAUGUUGCCACAUAUAACCAAACAAAUACUGUAUGCAUCUCCUGUAGAUUUCAAACAUGUUUUGCAGCACAAGAGCCUUAAAUUUGGUGAUUUUGAGGAUGCUAAAUUUCGGGAAAACGCUUCAAAGCUGCAGUUUGGUUGUUGUGUGGUGGUUCUGAACAAAGAUAAGACCUUGUCAGAACCUCAAGUGGAUGCAUCAACUAUCGCUAUAGGAUGCUGGAGAGGCCGGAAUAGCAUCACAGUGAUGGUCACUGAACUUGAUAUCCAAGAACUCCUAGAAAGGAUGUUGAUGUAUAUGGAGGAGAAUACAGAUACCUUCUUGUUGGAAAACAAGCCAUUGACUGCUGAGGCAGAUAAAAUAGUUAAAGCAGAUGAAGCUGAAUUGAAUAUAUUGAAAAACAAUGAGACAAAUCAUAGGUAAAACUAACAAUUUUGGAAGUUGUUAUAAGUGUACCAUUGCAGGGGCAUUUGUGAGAUGCUGCUGCUUAUUUGUUGGUUUCUUCUGUUUAGGCAUUUUUACAACUCUAGAUUUCAGAUGAAAAUGGAGGGAAUGAUCCCCUUUGUAAUCUUACUUUUAUUUAUUUUAAUCAAAAUGUUGAAGAACCAACUUAGCAACUG